AUGUCUCCGGCAGCUUCAUCAAGGUGGUGUCCAACCCCAGAGCAGCUCAUGAUCUUAGAAGAGAUGUAUAGAGGUGGUGUAAGAACCCCGAACGCCUCUCAGAUUCGACACAUAACUUCUCACCUUUCAAGCUAUGGCAAAAUUGAAGCUUUCUCACUACAACACGGCAGGGAUUCUUCAACAGGUAGUGCUGAGUUUCUUGGCGGUGCUGAAGAUGCAUCAAGACAAAUGAUGAAUUACACAUGGAAGGUGGAUCAACCAGAAAGGUUUGAGAUUGAAAAUUCUAUGCCCAGAACGUACAGUCGUGAUUGGAGGAUGCUGAUGCUGAUGGAUGUGGGUCCAACUCCAACCACUCCUUGUUGCAGUAAACCCAUGAAAACCCUAGAGCUCUUUCCCAUCACAGCAACCAGUCUCAAAGACCAGUGCACCAGCCACAUCUAAGCAUAUCUUUUGCUCCAACUCCACCAACUCUUACCUCUCUCUCUCUCUCUCUCAAAGCUAGGUAGUAGCUAUUGUUG